UCAAACUUAGGGUAUUGAGCAGCCUGACUGCUCAGUGCUCACUUCUUGUGCCCAGAUCAGCAAAGGAAAUCAUUGUUCUCAUCACUGCUGGUGCUGCUGGUAGGAACAUGGAAUGAUUCAGAGCUCAUCUUUACUCUUGUGGCUCCCCAAGAAUGGAGCUGCAGCCGUUUAUCCCCAGAAAAGCUCUUUUCCAGUAUCUGCACUUGCAGCAGGCAGCACAAAGGCUCAGUCCCAGAUCCGACAGCAUGACUGAUGCAAGCUGUCAGCCAAUAUUUGACUUUCCAGGUGAGAUUAGAUUUAGCUUUUAAUUUAAUAUAAACAUAAGUGCAGUGCAAGGCACUUAUUUCACAGGCACCUGCUCCCAGCCUCGUGCAGGCUCCUUAAACACAUCCCUGCUCUUUCUGGGGAGUUUCACCCCAUUAUCCAGUGGAGCUGGAAAAUCCUGAAUCUCCUUAGGGAAGGACACAGCAAAGGACCUCCUUGGGUCUCUGGACAUACUGAGCUACUCAGAGACGGGGAUUCUCAGCUGAGCUAAAGCUGCACCUUCAAGAGUGAGAAGCAGCAUAAUUGGCAAGGAUGACCAAGAUGCAGAACUUCACUUGGGCAGUGGAAGAUAUUUUCAAGGAAACCUUCCUCAAUUACAUGAACAGCUGGAGGAGGAACAUGACAGAAGCAACGGACAAACUGCAGGCUGAGGUGGCUGCUGAAAACUUUGACUACGUUAUCCUGUACCUGAUGGUGAUGAUUGGGAUGUUCUCCUUCAUCAUCGUGGCCAUCCUGGUGAGCACUGUGAAAUCCAAGAGGAGGGAGCACUCCAAUGAUCCCUACCACCAGUACAUCGUGGAGGACUGGGGGGAGAAGUACAAGAACCAGGUGCUGAACCCAGAAGAUCUCAAGUGUGUGGUCCAUGAAAACCUGGGGGCAAGGGAUAAAACAAGCCCAGAGUCCCCCUGACUUUCUGGGAACGCCAGCAGUGAGGGAUUCGUGGAGCCACACAGAGGGAACUCACUGGAAUUCCAAAGAGCUGUGCAAGUGUUGAUUCAAUUUGCACACUGGAAUUCCAAAGAGCUGUGCAAGUGUUGAUUCAAUUUACACACAGGUCAAUGGACAAUGGAGUCCUGAGGAAAUCAAUGUCAUGGUUCCUGUGAAAGUCCAAGAAAAAUUUGGGAAAAUAAAGCCAUGACAGGGAAAACUU